AAUUGAAAGUUGAAAGUUGAAACCGAAGAAAUGAGAAGGGAGUGCAAUUGACCCCUUCCAAGUUCCAAGUUCCAAGUUCCAAGUUCCAAUCUUUUCCUUCUUCUUCGUCUUCUUCUUCACAAAUCAUCUCAGCAAUGAAGUGCUUCCACUUCCCAAGCAUCGAAAGAGACCACCGGCGAGACUACGACAACGAAGACGGCGUCGUUUCAAGCAGCUGCAGAACCUCAAGGGUCUCAUGGGCCCGCUCCCUCAGCGUCGCUUCCUCAACCCUCGUUCGCAACUCCGAGUUCGACGACACCGACUCUUCCUUCAACGACACCCUCGCUUUCCAUGACUUCCUCUCUCUCCGUCGCGCCAACAACCUCCUUCUCUUCUCAUUCUCUCAGCUCAAAACCGCCACUCGCGGAUUCAGCAGGGCCCUCUUGAUCGGCGAGGGUGGCUUCGGCCCCGUCUACAGGGGGACCCUUUCUGUUCCUGAUGACGGUGACGGUGACGGUGACGGUCUUUCAGAGGUGCAGAUGGAGGUUGCAAUUAAGCAGCUGAAUCGUAACGGCCACCAGGGGCAUAAAGAGUGGAUCAAUGAAGUGAACUUGUUGGGUGUGAUCAAGCAUCCGAAUCUCGUGAGGUUGGUGGGGUAUUGUGCAGAGGAUGAUGAAAGAGGGAUUCAAAGACUUCUUGUGUAUGAACUUAUGCCUAAUAAGAGCUUGGAAGACCAUCUUCUGGCUCGAGUCUCAUCGAUGUCAACGCUACCAUGGACCACGAGAUUAAAAAUUGCUCAAGAUGCAGCUCGCGGUUUGGCAUACCUUCAUGAAGAAAUGGAUUUUCAGCUAAUAUUUCGAGAUUUUAAGACUUCCAACAUUUUGCUGGAUGAGGACUUCAAUGCAAAGCUUUCUGAUUUUGGACUUGCUAGGCAAGGUCCCUCGGAAGGGCUGGGCUAUGUUUCAACAGCAGUUGUUGGUACCAUAGGUUAUGCUGCACCAGAGUAUGUUCAGACUGGUAAGCUGACUGCAAAGAGUGAUGUAUGGAGCUUCGGUGUAGUUCUUUACGAGCUUAUCACUGGUAGGAGAGCUGUAGAACGGAACCUACCCAGAAAUGAACAGAGGCUCUUGGAGUGGGUAAGACCUUAUGUUUCUGAUCCUAGGAAGUUCCAUGUUAUAGUAGACCCAAAACUUGAAGGACAAUAUUGCAUGAAAUCAGCUCAAAAGCUUGCUACUCUAGCAAACAAGUGCCUCAUGAAGCAGCCUAAGUCACGUCCGAAAAUGAGUGACGUGGUUGAGUUUCUUGCAAACAUUCUCAAUGAUACUAUUCAGGAAGAAAGCAUCCCUCAAGCUGUUGUACCCAACGGAGAAGAGAAAGUGAAGCCAUCAUCUGUCAAGGACAUAGAACCUGAACCAGCUGCUAAGCAAGGGAACAAUUAUCUGAAGAAGGUUUUUGAGUUUAGAGACAUGGUGAGCUUAAGAAACAAGUCCAUUGGAAGGUUAGAUUGGAAAAAUUGGGCACCUGGGCUUGUAAGAACUUGGUGAUAUGUAAUGUGCAUAAUUUGAAGUGCCUUGCUCAUCACAAUGUUUGGUAAUCACGUAGUUUUGAAUCAGUGAAAUCAACAUUGUUAGGCACAGAGUUGACAUACUCUGCUAAUAUCCAAUUUUGUGUUGAUUAAUAGUUGUGUGUAGUGUGUACAGGUUAAUUAUGAGUAAAGCAAUAAUAUCAAUUGAUCUGGCUUUUUCAGAA